GAAGUGCAUACUUUUAUUUAAACAAAAAUGGAUAACUAUAGGAUUUGAUCUCCUUAUGAACAUCAAUGGAUAUUAUAUUCGGGAUCGAUCCCAUUACUGCUGGGGGCUAUGCGCGAACUCCCUAGUGAUCUUAAAAAUAAAAAGCUCAAAUGCAUACGUCUGUGGCUGUGUAAUCGGACGCAGUGAAUGGAAGAAGCAGUCGCGUUGCUGGAUGGGAAAAUUAUACAACAGAAGUCGUUUUUCAAUAUACUUACGGAAUUACUUCGUAAAAUCAAACGAAACACAAAUUGAUUAUUUCCGUGAAGCUGCUCAACAUGCUUUAACAUUUUAUCAACUAUAGAGUGCAUUAUGCCUAAAACAACACUGAAAAGGCAUAUUGAGAUUCUGAAGGUGUUUUGUACGCCACGGCUCUCGAGAGCGAUUGGGAGACUCUUGUAGCAUAUUACGGAAUGCAGCACCCCACAAUGGGGUUUCCGCCUCCAGUCUCAGCCAACGCCUCUUAUGGCAUCCGAGACGACCCCCUAUUUCUUGCUAAUUCUCAACAAGACCAAAAAAUUGUGUGAAGCUCGAAUAUUAUGAAGUCUGAGUUAAACUUAUGUGCGUUCGAUAAGAAAAAAAGCACCGUAGAUAAGUUUAGUAUUCAUAAAAUCAAAAGUGAAGCAUACGAGAAGGGGUCGGGAGGUGCUAAAAAGGGAUUGAAGUCCAGCUUGCAAUACAAAUAAUUGGAAUCGUUUUACUUUAUGCAAAUACAUACAUCUAUUCAUCUAUUUAUUGACUCUUGAUUUUCCCUUGUUUUUGGUUUCCACAGCAUUGUUUCCGUUUUGGGAAGAUCAUACCAUGUUUACAACCCCUUUAUGCGAUAUGAUUAGAGUGCAUAAAUACGUCAUUCUAUUGAUAUGUAGUUUUUGUGCGCAUAUAUCCCCGCCUUCGAACUAUAUAUAGUGAACACUAUUUAAUCAAAUGAGAGAUUAUUUUAAAUGAUAACAGAUCAGUUUAUAUUCUAGUUAAAUUUUAUGAUGAAUGGGAUGUUGCAGUUUUUCAAUCGUUUCUUAACUGGGGAGGAGGCGUGAAGCAAAUCUACGCAAACAUCUCUUUCUUCAGGGAUAGAAAUUAUGUUUGCCCUCUAUAUUUUUCCAUAUGAAAUUUCUUUGUCUUAAGCAAAGGGGGAUUCUUCCCUCUGGUGAAA